UUUGGUUCAUUUGUGACAAUAUUUUGUUUUAAACAUUGUAUUUAUGAUCCUAGUGUAUUAUGUCCUUGAUUUAUUUUUAUAAAGUUGUAUAUGAAUGUGUAUUUUGAAAAUUAAAUGUGUGUGUCUCAUUUUGACUUUAUUAACAAAUGCUGCCAGACUGAUAGUAUCAGUUUGAAAUUGACUAUUAACAGCGUUAGCUGAUUUAUCGUUAUUUCCAUCGCAGAUUGGCCAAUAGGUGGGCAAUAGCCACACAAAUAUUGCCGCGAAUGAACCGAAAUCCCAAAUCUUCCUAGGCCCCUAAUUCCCAUAUUUGGCAUUACAUACUCCUAAAAACUUCAUUAAAUAAUCAGGGGUACUUUACUAGAAAAUCCAGGUCUCGGCUCAUAAUAAAAUCUUCAACUCGUUAACCUUCUACGUUAACCUUGAUAGGUUUUGUAUAGAAAUUAAAGAGAGCAUCAUAUGGGUUAGAAUAGAAAAAUUUUCAAUAAUACAAAGAUACUACCACUUGGGUUUUGUAAAAAAAAAUAUGAAGAUUUAAAAGGUACACACACAGCCACGCGCACGCACACACACACACACACACAUACACACAUAUCAAGAUGUUUUUUACCUUUUUUUGAAAAGAUAAGGAUAACGCGAAUAAGAUUUAUUUAUCUACUAAUUUGUAUCAAAUAAUAAAUAUCGUAAAGCAAAAGGAAAAGAAUAAAACCGUAGAAAUAAGACGCAAUAGCAAUAGUAGCGUUGAUAGUAAAAAAUUUAGAAAAAAUAACGGAUAAUGAACAAGCGAGAUAAAUAACAAUAGAAUUAUUAAUUUGUUUAGAAUGAGCUUGGCGAAGAACAUGACUAACGUAAAUGUAAACGAAACAGAAAUGAACGAACAUAGACUAGAACCAUUAUGGAAAGUCAAAGGAAGUAAAGACAUAAAUAAACCGCCUAGACAAUAUUCAACGCGUGGAUUAAAGCAAAAUCAAAUGGUAAAAAUAGAAACCAAAAUAACAAAUCAAUACAAACAUUAUAUAGAGACAGACAAGCACGAAACACCGUGUAAAAUGACAAACAUAGCAGAAUCUAACAAUAAAGGUUACGAAAUAAAACAGCAAAUUCUAACAAUGAAUUUAGUAUUUGAUAAAAAAAGAGAAUACGAAAAUCUAAAACGCGAAUUAAGAGCAAUAGAACAGGAAAAACAUAAACACCAAGACACGAUUAGACAGAAAACCAAGAUAGAAUUAAAUGAAGACAAACUCGUAGGAAAUCAACAACAAAUAGGUCGAACAAACGCGAACAUUAAAGAACAGUCGAAAAUAGAAUUACCUUACAAAUGGGAAGAACGCACAAAACAUAAUUUAAAAUCAGAAAAAGAUAUAAUACAUAACGUCGUGCAAAUUGAAGAUAAAGUAAGAAACGAAUUAGAAAAGAAUAGUAGAAAUAAAAUCGAAAUCGAGAUAGGAAAUAUCGGCAAAAGAGAUAUAAUUCAAACAACGAACAAUAGCCGCGUAAUAAUACAACCAAGACGUAUAGUUCGCGAAAUAGAUGAGACAAACGUCGCAAAAACUAUAACAAUAAAAAAGUCUACAGAUAACGGAUUAAGAAAGGCAAAUAAACAUAAAACAAGUUUUGAAAACGAUUUUAAAAUACUAGCAAACGAUAGAAUAACACAAGAAAUAAAAUCAAAAAAUAAAAACAAUCACAUAAAUUUAGUAAAUAAAAGCGUAGCAUUUAAUAAUGACAUGUCACUAUCAGACACAGAUUCCGAACAAGAGAGUCAAAACAAAACAUUAAAUCAAAAAAGUAUAACAACAUUAGGAACAGAAUCGGAAAAUAGCAAAUCAAUAAAAGAAAAAGUAGAAAUAAAAGAAUCAAUUAAUAAUAGAACAAUAGAAAAAAAGUUGCAACUUUUGGAAAAACAUAAAAAUAUAAAUAACAAUAUGAAGAUAGUACUAAAUAAAAGUAUAGAACGCGCUAAAAUCACCGAGAGACGUAAAAAGAUACGUAAAAUUGCAUAUAACGUAACACGAGCAAUCAAAACAACAGAGACUCCAAUUCCAGAAAAUUCAGACAAAAAUAAGACUAUAAACAAUUACGACGAGACAUACAAACGCGAGACAGAUCCGAAAACGUGCAAAUCCGCGAUAAAUUAUAACGAGUACGACAAGACAUGUAACAGCAAGAAUGAAGAACAUACAGACCCGUUGACUACGCAGUACCAACGAGUGACCACAAAUCGUGCCACCACGGUAAAACCAAGUAUGCAGCAGGCCGACCACAUGCGAGAGAUUACCAGUCUUUCCGAGACACUCGAAAGCGCAAGUGCAAAUAAUACUGAAAAUACGGAUAACGUGCAUAACGUAGUGAAAAAAAACAACGAGAAAGAAAUAGUGACAAAACAUGCGAACAAUGAUACACGUGACAACGUGAGUGCACAGGAGACAGACAGAGACAAACGUACAAACAAAAUAACGACACAACAGAAACAAAGCAAAGUAAACAGAAUGAUGCCGGAAAGGAUAAAAGAUCUGAAACGAGAAAAAGAGAAUGAAAUCGAUACGACAAAUACAAUGCCGAGAUCAAACACGAAUGAGACGGAAAAUAAUACAUCGUUAGAAUCAUCCACUGACGGGGCGUACGAACGAACAAACGACAUGGCAGAAUAUACAUAUAAAGAAAGAUUUGAUCAACUGCGCAACGAGGAAGAUACAUUAAUCAAAGAAAUAAAAUCACAAAUAUUAGAAUCACAAAUCGAUUGGCAGAUAAUGAUCCAAAAAGCACUAAACAGAAUAGAAGUUUUAAAUACAAUAAAAAAAUAUGAUAGCUACCAGCAAGACAGAAUGGAAAGAAAACAUGCACACGAAACAGACAGAGACAAACGUACAAACGAAAUAUUGACACAACAGAAAGAAAGCAAAGUAGACAGAAUGAUGCCGGAAAGGAUAAAAGAUCUGGAACGAGAAAAAAAGAAUAAAAUCAAUAUGACAAAUACAUUGUCGAGAUCGAACAUGAAUAAGACAGAAAAUAAUAAAUUGUUAGAAUCAUCCAAUGACGGAACGUACGAACGAACAAACGAUACGGGAGAAAAAUAUACAUAUAAAGAAAGGUUUGAUCAACUGCGCAACAAAGAAGAUACAUUAUUCAAGGAGAUAGAAUCACAAAUCGAUUGGCAGAUAAUGAUCCAAAAAGCACCAAACAGAAUAGAAGUUUUAAAUAAAAUGAAAAAAUAUGACAGUUACGAGCAAGACAGAAUGGAAAGAAAACUUGCACACGAGACAGACAGAAAAAAACGUACAAACGAAAUAUCGGCACAACAGAAAGAAAGCAAAGUAGACAGAAUGAUGCCAGAAAGAGUAAAAGAUCUGGAACGAGUAAAAAAGAAUGAAAUCAAUACGAUAAAUACGAAGUCGAGAUCGAACACGAAUGAGACGGAAAAUAAUAGAUUGUCAGAACCAUCCAAUGACGGGACGUAUAAACGAACAAGCGAUACGGGAGAAGAAUAUACAUGUAAAGAAUAUACAUGUAAAGAAAUGUUCGAUCGAUUGUGCAACGAGGAAGAUACAUUAAUCAAGGAGAUAGAAUUACUAAUAUUAGAAUCACAAAUCGAAUGGCAGAUAAUAAUUCAAGAAGUACUAAACAGAAUAGAAGUUUUAAAUAAAAUGAAAAAAUGUGACAACUACGAGCAAGAUAGAAUGGAAAGAAAACGUGCACACGACGAAACAAUUAAAGCAGAACGUCAAUUAAGGAAACUCGUGUAUACAAAUUAUACCAUUAAACCGCACGCAAAGAGACACGUAAAAAAAAUAAUAAAAGAUGAACAAGGAAGAAAGAGGUGUAAAGUCCGAGCGAAUGUAACGUUCACGGAUAUCAGCGAACCAUCGAUCAGAAAAGAAGAUAAGAAAAAACAAGUGCGAAAUACAUUUAAAAUUAAAAUUAAAUUAACAGAAGAUAAAAUAACAUCAAAUGCAAAAAUGACGACAAAACAGACAAGCGAAAUACAGUAUAAGAACACAGACAAAAAAGAGUUUACGAUAAAAAAGACAUACGUUGAUAAACACGAAACGAACAUGGAGACAAUUUAUGAUAUAGAAAUGGAAAAUCAAGAAAAGACAGACGAGACGAAACGACAAAACACGAAGAAGAUCAUACAAAAAAGUAACAAACUUGUUACAUCAACACCGAUCGCAAAAGAGACAGACGAACAUAUGGUAAUACCAUCAAAGGAUGCAACGUACGGAAGAUUCAUAGAAAAAACCAGUGACGCAAAAACAGAAAAUCAAGAUUCAAUAAACGGGAUGAAACAACAAGACACGAGGAAGAACGUACAAAAAAGUAACAAACUCGUUACAUCAACACCGAUCGCAAAAGACUUAGACCAAUAUAUGGCAGAACCAAGUACGAGAUAUGGAUCACAAAGAAUAGAAACAAGAACAGCACAGAGAAAUAAAAGACAUAAAGAUUCCAUAAUAAUAACGGAAUCACCAAAAAAAAUUAACAAACGACGAACAACCGUCAUUAAAUGCCAAGAGAAUAAAACGGAACAAAUAAAAGAGAAAAUCGAAAGCCUUCGAAAAAAUAAAAACGUAUUUCAAUCUCAAGAUGACGAGAGUGAAAAGAGAAGUAUAACAAAGAACGACAAAGUGGUGAAAACAAACGAUAACAUAACAUCCAUAAGAAAUAAAAAAACGGAUAAACAGCUACGAGUAGAAAUAAAAAGUUUAUCGAUCAAUCAGAUAAAAUAUACCGUGAAACGCAAGCGUGAACAACAAAAAGAGGAAAUAGCCACCAGAAAAAAAACAAAUAACGGAUACAAGGAAGAACAAAAAAGGGAAGAACGUACAAAAAAUAACAAAACAACCGAUAAACGCCAAAAAGAACGCGAUAAUAAAAGCAAAAAAGAGGAUAAGCUUAAGAAACGAAGGAUCAAACACCAAAUACUAACACAAGAGCAGGAAGAGAAAAGAGCAAAAAGAAAAAAACAAUUAGCACAUUACCGUGUGAGAAUGCCUCAAAAAUGCCGAAAUGUAUCAUACUGUAAUCGUAACGACAAGAGCAGAUUUGAGAAAAUGACAACGCAAGAAAUCACAGAGAUAAAAAAAAGAUUACGUGGACAGCAGAAGUUCGAACCAAAAAUAACAAAAGGCGUACCAAAAUACGUAGCCCACAAAUAGUGAGAGGAUAUAAAACCAUAACUCAGUGACAAAAAAUGAACACCAAACCGAUCAGAAUAACGAGCAAGGACGAAGAAAUAAGCGCUCAGACAAAGGAACGAGACGAGGCAGAAGCAUCCACAAAACAAACAGCGCAGAAAAACUCGCUAUUUGUGAAAGCGACUCAGACAUCGAACCUAAAACGCCCAAAAGACCAAAUACGCCCAGACGACGUAUGACGCAGAUGAUAUAAAAAGACUACAAAGAAUAAACCCAGCAGUCGGCGCAGCAACAGCAGCAGCGAACAAGACGCGUAAGCGAAAAAAUUAAUUAAAUGUAAAACUUUGCGUGGAAUGGUCAACGUAUGUAUAAUAAUUAGCGUAGGAUUAAGUUAAAUUUUAUAUUAUAGUAACACGUUAGAUAUAGAUAAGUAAUUUUAAAACAUUUUUAGCAAAACGCGCAAAGUGGCGCAAUUUUAGUUUAUUAUAUCCUAAUAUUAAUAAUUAUAAUCAUAAUCAUAAAGCAUUUAAUUUGACAAUAAUCACAUUAAUUUGUUUACUAAAUAUAGAAUAAGGGCCAUAUUCAUAUUAAAUUCAUAAUUUUAAGCCGUAAGUGCAUGUACAUCCAGCGUCAUUGAUUCUGUCCUUCAGAAAAUUUUUCAAAUUAAGAAGUCGCUAUCUUUCUACAUACUUACAGUUUAUGAUUAACGUAAUGACCAAUAAGCUCUAGUCAUUACAUUAAUCGUGAACUGCGAGUAUAUAAAAGAUGAUGAUGACUUCUCAGUUUGGAAAAUUUCCUCAGGAACAGAAUCAAUGACGCUGGGUGUAUGUGAGUGUGUGAAAAAGUGUGAAUGAAAAUGCGAGAAUGAAAGAACCAACAACUUGACAAUAUUUUUAAAAAUACCAUAACUGCUAUAGAAACGUGCCGUCCUCGUUUCACGUAAAGGUUCUCUCUCACUCUCAUUCACGCUAGCGAAUGCAAAGCAAGUUUGUUUGCGCGGACCAAAGUAUUGUUUUGAUUUGAUAGGCUGUCGGUAUGAUAUCUAAUCAAUAUGACAAGUCACAUUUAACAAUUAUGCGUGAUAAACACCAAGAUGCGAUGCGUGUGUCUAGAAUGCGCCUAACCUUCUUAGAGAAGGCAUUAAUGAUCGCUUGUGUAAAUCAAAA